UUCUGUUCCUUCUGUCCUUGACAUUCUCGUGUUAUCCCUAAACAGCUUGCAAUUGUGUAAAUACACGCUGAUGUGACCAGGGAGCAUAGCUUACAAUGAAUACAGCGUUAAAGCACUUGAAAGAAGCUGCGACAGUCAUUUUAGCAGCGGGGACGAGACGAAGACCUGUCGUGAACGAUUUGAAAGACAAAGCGCCAUUUGGACUCGGUGUAGAAAACAGUUCAAAACAAACGCGGCCACAUAGGUCAGAAUUCGAUUAUGAAGUGCUGCUUUUAAAGCGAAGUGGGAAGAGUGGAUUUAUGCCCAAUGCAUAUGUCUUCCCGGGUGGAUUAGUUGAUUCUUCAGAUUUUUCUAGCGACUGGCUUGAAGUUUUUAAGUCGUUUCGCCACUCGUCGCAUUUUGGUUUGGGGGUUGUUAAACAGCCGCACGAAACUAGACCACCCAUAUUUGCAACCGAUAGAGCAAAGCUGGGCUCUCCUAUACCCGGAGAAGUAGCGUUUCGGAUUUGUGCUGUUAGGGAAACCUUCGAGGAAUCCGGGAUCCUGUUGGUUGUUCCACAGAAAGCGGGUGAAACGCAGCCUCAGCCACCAACAUUAGCUCCGAUAAUUCAUAAGUAUGAUAAACACGAGCUAAGUAAAUGGAGGUCAUUGGUGCUGAAAAAUCCGGUAAAUUUCAUCGACAUGUGUAAAGAACUAGACUGCAUGCCCAACAUCUGGGCAAUGCACGAGUGGGGCAACUGGAUCACCCCAACCGGUGUGUAUGGUGAAAAACGGAGGUACGAUACUGCCUUUUUCAUUUGCUGUUUGCAAGAGGUCCCUCAAACCAUGCAAGAUGAAAAGGAAAUUGUACAUUUUAAGUGGUUGACUCCGUCAGAGAUCCUGCAGAGCUACGAGUCCCAGGAGAUAUGGAUCGCACCACCCCAGUUCUAUGAGCUGAGCAGGAUGUGCCACUUCCCUUUGCUGCACGAUCUGAAUCAUUUCUCCAGAGAGCGUGCAUUAGAAGGGUGUGAACCGUGGCAGCCAGUCUACCUAGAGUCGUCUGAUGGUUACAUCUCACUGCUACCAGGGGAUGAGUUGUAUCCAGACAACCCAGACCGGACGGGUGAGAACCAAGUUAACAGGACCACAGAAAAGUCUUUGGAAGAACGGCCAGCUGCAGCACUUCAUCGAAUAGAGUUUCACAGCUUGUAUGGAGCCACUGUCAAUGUGAAUAUCAAACCCAGAUACAAGCAUCGGAACCCAAUUAGUAAAGUUUCAGACAACCCUGUUAUUAAAGAUAACAGUAAGCUUUAAGAUUAUAUUAGAUUUCAUAUAUUGCUUUGGUGCCUUUAAUCUAACAGCGAUUUAUGUUUAAGUCGAAUUAGUUUGAAUACAGAACAGUUAAAUUGUGACCAUGUGUACUGAUAAAUAUAGAGGUUGGAUAAUAGCCUCCACGGACAGCAUUCAUUUGUGCUUACAAGGUGUUUCAGUUGUCCUCAAAGGUUAGCAUUCCUUCAUGAUUACAGUCACUAAAUCUAUUACUCUGGUACAAAUCUAUAACUGGUACAUGUGAAACAUCCAUACUAUUUGCAGUCUGGGAUACAAAAGCAAUCAAAGCUGUACUUAAUCAGUCUUGUCACAGUCGGCCAGAUCUGCUGUCUUGCCCAUUGUGACUGAAACAGGCUUGCAACAGUGAGAUGCAGCUUUUAUAUAUUACAGUAGUGUCAGGGAUGGCAUGUAUAUUAUUAGUCUAAUGUAAGGGACAAAUUCUUUACACAGACGUUUCAAUUUGUUUUAUCCUAGCUGACAAACUGUUAAUUCUUUAAUAUUUUCACUGUCUUUUUCUUUUUAAUUAAUUUAAAAAAAAUGUUUAUUUUUAAUAAGCUACAAACUUAGUGAAAGAGAGUUUUAACAUUUAAAAAACAAAGGCUACAAAUGACUUAUUACAUUCAUGGUUUAUGCUGUACAUUCAUUUAUACUGGAGAGAGGGAGAUGUGUACAUUGUGUAUUAUCUGUAUCUGAUUACAUACUUCUCUUGUUUUGUUGUAGAGCCUGCAUUAUUUAUAUAGUGCAAUCUUGAGUUGAGCUAGGUGGCUUAGUGGGCUAAUUCAGUAUUAUCUUCUACCUGUCACCUCUGGAGACCUAGGUUUCAAUCCUCAAGUCACAUGAGAAAUUAGUUUGGUGGUCUCAAUAUGGACGUUAGUCUACAUCAGUUCCUGUUCCUGUGUGUUAAGAUCAAAACAUAAAAGUAAUGUAACAACAAAAAAUAAA